AUGACAUCCGGCAUUAUCAACGGCGUCAACACAGGUGGCAGCGGGGCAGGUUCGCAGCACAACAUCAUCAAAAAGUUCUCCCCGCAUCCGUAUUUUGACUUCGACGUGACGCGAAACAUAACAACCCGCGUGGGUCAGACAGCGUUCAUCAAUUGCCGCGUCGAGCAAAUCGGUGAUAAAUGGGUUUCCUGGAUACGAAAGCGAGACUUGCACAUCCUGUCGGCGGGCAUGGUUGUUUACACCUCCGAUGAACGAUACCAGGUAACCCGUUCGGAGAGGUCUGAAGUUUGGACGAUGCAAAUUAAAUUCGCCCAACAGCGGGACUCGGGCGCCUAUGAGUGCCAAGUCAACACAGUGCCUAAGAUGUCGAUGACAUUUCAGUUAAAUGUAGUUGAGGCAAAAGCCCUCAUCCUCGGACCAACAGACAUAUACGUAAAAAUUGGCAGCGCUGUGACGCUGACGUGCAUCAUCACCCAAGGACCACACGAUUUGGGCACAAUCUUCUGGUAUCGAGGGACAAACAUCAUCAAACCAACGGAGACACAUCUGAACGAAACGACGAUACCAUAUCCGCCACGAAUAUCAGUGGACCUCAAGUGGACCGAAGCUUUAACCUCGAGACUGAAAAUAUUGGACGCCAAGCUGUUAGACUCGGGCAAUUACACCUGUAUGCCGACGUCUGCGGAAGCGAGCAGCGUGAUGGUGCAUGUGUUGAACGAGGAAAAUCCCGCCGCUAUGCAACGAGGAGGAACCAUCGCCCGGCAUAGCUCAACCACCUGCCAGCUCUACUUGUUGGCCGCCGUGGUAAUCCUGUUCUCUCGAGUCGGCCGGCCCAGUUGGCAUUCGUAGCAGUAGCUGUGAACUGGCCCGGUUCGAGUUCAUUUGCAACCGGGGAGCCAGUCAAGUACUUAAGCCGCCAUCGUAUCGCAAGCGCCAACGAACAACAGAAGCCUACAUAUGGGGAGUGCAAGAGGGAGGAAAUGGAUACCUGGAUGUGAAUGAAAUCAAUUUUGGGAGCGUAACCAAUGGUUGGGAUGCUGCCGCAAUCGUACAGCAAGGAGGAGCAUUUUGGCUGUCGCGGACAAGAUAUCGUCACCGUGCUAGGCAAAGGCGCCGGAACCACAUGUGAUUAGUGAAAUUUAGGUUAAUUAGAGUAAGUUUAUUUUGGACUAAUCCGCUUAGAAUGCAUAGAAAUUCACUCCAUCGUAGCGAAACAUCUGUACAUAAGACCUAGCACCUAAGGUAGAGGGUACAUAAAAUGCAAACGUUAUUUAUAAUUGGUUGUUCGAGAAAACUAGAAUCUAAUAGGGACACAUUUUGAAGGUGAGUGAAUGUGAGAUCAUUGUGUUUAUUGCUAUGAAAAUGUUAAAAUAAAUCGAAGUC